UGGGUUAACAACUACAGGCAGACUUCCCGCCGCGCAUCAACCCAGUUAGCCAGCCACUUAGCCAACAACAAGUCAGAGGCGGCACAAUCCAUCAUAAUGCCAAAAUCAAAGGAAGUUUUAUCGUCCACUUCUGGCAGUGACUCCGACAGUGAAGUGGAGACAAAGGCUAAGAGAAAGAAGCCUACUACACCAGAGAAGCCUGCAAAGAAACAGAAGAGUGGAGAGAGUUCCAGGGCAGGUGGGUCUUCCAGGGGUGGUGACAAAGACGACAAUAUGUUCCAGAUUGGGAAGAUGAGGUAUGUCAGUGUCAGGGACUUCAAGGGCAAAGUUCUGAUUGACAUCCGUGAAUACUGGAUGGACCAAGAAGGUGAAAUGAAGCCAGGCAGGAAAGGCAUUUCCUUGAACCCGGAGCAGUGGAACCAGCUGAAGGAGCAGAUUUCUGAUAUCGACGAUGCUGUGAGGAGAAUAUAAGUCCUUGGUUAGAGUUGAGCAGUUGAGCUUGCUUUGUGUUUUGUUUUUUUUUUGUUUUUAGAUUUUACCACCUCCUUUUACACUGGCGUAAAAAUGUUUUCUAAAGGACUGAUGUUUUUGUUUUCAACCACAUGUAUCUGCAGCUCAGCUGAGUAGCAAUCUUUUUCUGCAUGUGCUGUGUAGUGAGUUCUGUGCAACAUUAGUGGUGCGUCAUGUCAUUUCUGGACUGUUCAAGGAAGGGGGGAGGGGGGUUGUUGGAGAAGUGGGCAGAGAUGGGAAAGAGGCACAGUUAUUAAUGUUCAAUAAAGGCCAUAAAUCGGCUCAACUUGAA